CCUAGCUCCUCCCAAAUCGCAGUUUCAAGCAGUUUCUUUGACGCCGUUAUGAUCCGAUCAUCCUUGGCAACCACGGUUGGCCUCUUCCACACACACUCUCAUGGCGGAGCGCAAGCUCGUCCACUAAAGACCAACACCCGAGAAGUAACCCAUUGCCCCGAAGCUUGGUUAGUCAAAAUCCUCUCAACUCUCUUCGUCUACAGGGUUCCCGAUUCCGAUCUCUGUUUCUGCUACCUCAGCAAGAAUAUAAACCCCUUCAUCGCAUUCGAGGUCGUCAAGAAACUUAACAAUCCUCACAUCCGGUUUCGGUUUUGGGAGUUUAGUAGAUCCAAGCUCAACAUUCGCCACUCUUUUUGGACUUAUAACUUGCUCACUAGAUCCCUUUGCAAAGCCGGUUUGCACGAUUUGGCUGGGAAGGUGUUUGAGUGUAUGAAGAGCGAUGGUGUUUCUCCCAACACUCGCUUAUUAGGCUUCUUGGUCUCUUCUUUCGCCGAAAAGGGUAUGCUUCAUUUCGCCACUUCUUUGCUUCUUCAGUCUCAGUCUUGUGAGGUUGAAGGAAGUUGUCUGGUGGUUAACAGUUUGUUGCACACCUUAGUGAGGUUGGGUCGUGUCGACCAUGCCAUGGAUCUUUUCCAAAACCAUCUCAAGUUUCAGUCUUGUAAUGAUACCUGGACCUUUAACAUUCUCAUUCGAGGUUUGUGCGGCGUAGGGAAAGCUGAUAAAGCGUUAGAGAUAUUGGGUGAGAUGACUAGUUUUGGUUCUUCUCCUGAUAUCGUUACUUAUAAUACUCUGAUUAAGGGUUUUUGCAAGAGUAAUGAGCUCAACAAAGCCUACGAUAUGUUCUGCGAGGUUAAGUCCAGAAAGGGUUGUUCUCUCGAUGUUGUUACUUAUACUUCGAUGAUGUCAGGGUACUGCAAAGCUGGGAAGAUGAAGGAAGCCUCUCUUCUGCUAGAUGAAAUGGUUGAUCUGGGGAUUUAUCCUAAUAAUAUCACUUUUAAUGUUCUUGUCGAUGGUUACGCCAAAGCAGGUGAGAUGUCUUCUGCCGAAGUCAUUCGCGGGAAGAUGGAAAGGUUUGGCUGUUUCCCAGAUGUUGUGACCUACACUUCUUUGAUUGAUGGGUACUGCAGAGGAGGACAAGUGAAGAAAGGGUUUAGUCUUUGGGAAGACAUGAAUGCCAAAGGAAUGUUUCCUAAUGCAUUUACCUAUUCCAUUCUUAUCAACGCCCUCUGUAAAGAGAAUAGGCUGCUCAAGGCUCGUGAUCUUUUGAGGCAGUUGGCUGGCGAGGGCGUUGUCUCAAAACCGUUUUUGUACAACCCUGUCAUUGAUGGGUUCUGCAAAGCUGGAAAGGUCAACGAGGCAAAUGUUAUUGUCGCAGAGAUGGAGAAGACGAAAUGCAAACCAGAUAAGAUCACUUUUACCAUUCUUAUAAUUGGGCAUUGCAUGAAAGGAAGGAUGGGUGAAGCAGUCAGUAUUUUCCACAAAAUGGUGGCGAUUGGUUGCUCACCGGAUAAGAUCACAGUGAGCUCUUUGUUGUCAUGUCUUCUUAAGGCUGGAAUGGCUAAGGAGGCCUAUCAACUAAACCAGAUUGCAGCAAAAUGCCAAAGUAAUGAUGUAGCACCUCUAGAGACGAAACCUGUAGUGACGAAAGCUGUGAAUGUAACUCUGGCUGCCUGUUAAGCUUUCUAUUCAAUAUCCCUGUACAUUGGCCAUUUCUGCCUUCAUGCAUUCUGUACACAUGUUAGGCGUAACUGGAAGCAAAAAGAAAAAACAAACAAAAACUCACAGCUAUUCUACUGCAAGAGAUCACACUUCAGUGUAAACUGCCGAGAAUGUACCCAAAACAUUUCGUCUGCAAUAUCCGUGAUAUUCCAUUUCCUUGGUAGAUUUUAGAUCCAGCAUAUUUGCUCCUAGGAGUUUCUUUUCCAAUUGCGUCAUCUGGAUUAGGUUGUGUUGAAGUAAAGGAUGAUCGAACUUGUGAGAGAACAAUUUUUGGAUAAAUGAGAAGUUACUUGAGAACUUUGAAGUUCACAUGAGUGAGAUGGAAGAUAGUUGCUUCAUCUGGUGCCAUGUUGUUUGUUUUAAAACAAAGAAGUGUUGAUUCCUCUUCUUUAAGAUCUGCAAGUUUAUGAAUUAAAAGUUGUUCAGCAUGAUUUUGGCAGCGCAAUGUGCUUAGACAAUAGCUCUACCAGUAAAGAUCCAAAGAUUCUCACAGUUCCAAGUUAAAACUGCAUGAGCGAUAGACUUCUCGAAGAAACUGAAGUUUUGUCUUAAGCUGGGGCUGAGGUUGGGAGGAAUUGGUUAUCUGAGAGUCCGAGUUUUUUUCUGCGAGGGGGGGGGGGGGG